CUGGAUGUGUCAUUACAAUUGGAUGCCAAAGAAAAUGAUAAUAAUAUUAUCGCAAAUAUAUAUUUAUUUUAGUAAAAGAGUAAUAUUUUUGUUCAGUACAAUCGUGUCUUUACUCUGAUACGGAACGCAAAAUGAGCUCCCAGAAUCGGCUGCUGAUCAAAAAUGGACGUGUCGUCAACGAUGACGGCAUUGAAGACUUGGACGUCUACAUUGAGGACGGCAUCAUCAAGCAAGUGGGCCGCAACCUCAUCAUUCCUGGAGGCACCAGGACUAUCGAUGCUACUGGCAAGCUGGUGAUGCCUGGUGGUAUUGAUCCCCACACCCAUUUCGAGCUGGAGAUGAUGGGUGCCAAGUGCGCCGAUGACUUCUAUAAGGGUACCAGGGCGGCAGUGGCGGGAGGAACUACUUGCGUCAUUGACUUUGUUCUGCCCCAGAAAGGACAAUCCCUACUGGAGGCCUACAAUAACUGGAGGGAGAAGGCUGAUGGCAAGGUAUGCUGUGAUUACGGUCUCCACGUCGGUGUAACCUGGUGGUCUCCAGCGGUGAAGAAGGAGAUGCAGCAGCUGACAUCAGAGCAGUAUGGUGUGAACUCCUUCAAGAUGUUCAUGGCAUACAAGGAUGCGUGGAUGCUAGAUGAUUAUGACCUGUACUGUGCUAUGGAGACUUGUGCUGAGCUGAAGGCUUUGCCUCAGGUGCACGCGGAAAACGGCCACAUUAUAGCUCGGAACACGGAGAAGCUGUUGGCUAAAGGAGUGACAGGACCUGAGGGUCACCAGCUGUCCAGGGAUGAGGAGGUGGAAGCUGAAGCUGUUAACCGGGCCUGCGUUAUUGCUAACCAGGCUGGAGCCCCUCUGUACAUCGUCCAUAUGAUGUCAAAAAGCGCAGUACGAGCCCUUCAGCUCGCUCGUACCCGCCAGCGACACGCUCUCAUCGGAGAAACCCUCGCCGCCACUGUCGGAACUGAUGGUUCCCACUACGGCAACGCAUGUUUCCGUCACGCGGCGGCCCACGUACUGUCCCCACCACUACGUCCCGACCCCAGCACUCCACAGGCCAUGUGCGAAGCAUUGGCUGAUGACCACUUGCAGCUAAUAGGCAGUGACAACUGUACAUUCCACGAGAAGGACAAGCAGCUUGGCAAGGACAACUUCUCCAAGAUACCCAACGGUGUCAACGGCGUCGAGGACCGCAUGGCCAUUCUCUGGCAGAAGGCUGUUAAUACUGGAAUCAUGGACCCUUGCCGCUUCGUAGCGGUGACCAGCUCGAAUGCAGCCAAGGUCUUCAACAUCUGGCCCCAGAAGGGACGUAUCGCCGUCAACAGUGACGCUGACAUCGUCGUGUGGGACCCCAAGCUGGAGAGGACCAUCUCUGCCGCUAACCAUAAACAGGCUGUCGAUUUUAAUAUUUUUGAAGGUCAGCACGUAGUUGGCAGUCCCCAAUAUGUGGUCGUGAACGGACGCGUCUGCCUAGACGACGGAGAACUAAGAGUGGUUGAAGGUUUUGGCAAAUUCUUGAAGACACCAGUGGAAUCUCCAUUAAUAUACGACGGACACCAGAGCCAGGAGGAAGCUCCCCAUAGACCGGAGUUCCUCGAAGCUCCAGCACGCGUCACCAACGGCACUCCUUCCCCGGACUUAGGUCUGAUGAACAAGAGCGUGGAGAGCCUCUCCGUGUCUGGGUGUAGCACACCCACUGGCAGGAAGAUGCGGGAGCCAGGACAGAGGAACCUGCAGACUUCCACCUUCUCUAUCAGCAAAGAAAUCGAAGGUCUGGACACCAAGACGUCGGUUCGCGUGAGGAACCCACCUGGCGGCAAAUCUUCGGGUCUGUGGUAAACAGGUUCGACACCCAGCCGGGAACAAAACUAGCUUGCGAUGACACAACACUGAUACUUGUGAACAGUUGUGAUAAUAUAAUUUUACUUGAUAAUUUCUUUCGAGAAUUAUUAUUAUUAUUGAUUUUGAAUUUAAGUCCUUAUUACUAAGGACGUUAGAGCGAGCAUAAUGUUGAGACGUGUAUGAGAAAACUGAACGGAUUUUUGUUAAAAAAAUCAUAAAAUAACGAUAGAUUAAUAAUCUAGAUUUUGUUAAAAAUGAUUCAUUAAAUUCUAAUUUCAAAAUUAGCACAAUGUGAUUAGGUACUGACUAAAGCGUCACGUUAGAUUCCAUUGACGGAACUCUUCACAAGUAAAAGUCAGGGGCUUGGGCUACGAACCGUCGUCUUAAGCUACUCGUAAUUAACCCAAAGCUUAACAUAGUUUAACUUAGACUGUUAAUUUGAUAAGGUCAUGACAGUAUAACUGAUUUCUAUAAACAUUUUUGCUUUAUUUAUACAGUACAGACUGACCAUAUGACCCAUGUGACUAGAAUUUUUUCUAAGGGAUAUUCAAGAAAGUAAAGUAUAUUUUUUUGUAUGUGAUCGAUUAUUCAAUGACUACGCCUCCCCUCCCCCUCCCCUCCGGGAGCAGAGAGUGGGACCGUCAGACUAUUACUGACUGAAAACCAACCCGGCUACUUCUAUUAUGAGCUGGGACGCCGUAAUUUGUUAUUUUCAAUGAUUUACUAUGUCCGAACACAUUUAUCAAGAAUAUCCCUUAUAAAAUGGCUUAAAUUAAACAAAACAAUUAAUCAACUUUCAAUAUUAAUUAUUGGUAAUUUUGUGGUCGAAAUUCAGAACUGAUUUUAAUCCAAA